AUGGACCGGCCACCUCUUGACAUCCCGGGCUACUACUAUGACAAAGAGAAGAAGAAAUACUUCAAGAUCCAGUCCGGCAGCCCAGCUAGUGCGGCAUACUCCUCCCAGGAUGUAAAAAGACGCAAAACACGUGAUGAAAAAACCGAAGCAACGGCGUUUGCAAUAGCUCGUCAAAAAGGCCGCAUUCACAGGCCCAAACUCCUCAGGGAGCCAUUAACUGGUGGGAUCCUGGCUCGGGAACAGGGUCAAGGUACUCUAAGAGCCCCCGAUGCGUGUGCCCGAGGACUUGUAGCUCAAGGUAGUGUACCCCUUGUCACUUUCGAGGAUCCUAUGUUUGCGAUAAACCAUCGACCGGACCUGGGCCCAUCACGGCUGAAUAUUCGAGUUGCAAAUAAUUAUGGGAUAGUCACAUUGAAAGCCAAUGCAAACGAGCAUACUAGCUCUACGGAGACAAGCCUUAAUAUUUGUCGUGACCUCACCUUUCAUGAAGUAAACUCUCCCCGUUUCCCGUCCCACAUGUUUGGAUAUCCAGGGACCCCUACAUCGAUGAGUACACAUCACGCAAGUGGCCGAGUUGCAGUUACAUGGCUUGCUGGCACUCCCGACUGUGGGAUUAUCAUAGCUCCGCAACCGGAUAAUUAUGUGCUAGAGUGGACCGAUAUACUCCUAGGCCCCGGUAUAUCGCGAGGCCCGGAAGUGAGCGUCUACUCAUCGGUAGCAGGGAAUUCCAGCUCUGACUUCCUAUUCGCAUACGGAACCAGCCACGGGAUAAUGUUCACCGACAUACGGACUUUAAACACACGAUGGGUAACUCCCAUACCAACUGCGGAUAACCACUGCCCAAAAGAUAUAUUCGCGCUAGACGUCCCAGCUGAUAAUCCCUGGGCCCUUCUUGCCGGCGGCCGAAAAGGUCACUUAUAUAUGAAAGAUAGGCGCAUUCAAAGCAUUCACCAAUUCACAGACGUCAUCGAGCACCGAAGUUCAAUCACUCAUAUCAAGCAACUCGACCCUCAUCGGGUUCUUGUCGCAGGCCUAAACUCAAGCCUCUGUCAAUACGACCUCCGCUUCUGCAAAAAGUCCCCCCAGGCCGCUCCUCCGUCCGGCAAACACCUCAAAUCCUUCAGCAACUCAACUCCAACAAACCCCAUCCUGCAAUACCUAGAUUACUUCAACACAGCCACCAUACAAAGCGGCUUCGACGUCGAUCUGGAGACGGGCGUCGUGGCAGCUGCGCAGGAGUGGGACGAGCUCCAUGCUCCUGUUCAGCUGUUCUCGCUUCAUGGAGGACACGCUUUGCAUUCGCCGCAGAUAGCUAAAUAUUUACCUCCCGGCGAGAAUGUCCAUGGAGGGCAUGUUAAAUGCUUGAGGUUUGCGAGGGAUGGCGAGAAUAGGAUGAAGAGUCUUUAUGUUGGAUAUGGCCAUGAUAUUAGGCGAUUUGCGUGGGCUGAGAAGGAGGAGUAG